AUGAAAUCAAUUUUAUUUAUAAAUCCAAAUAGUUCAAUUAAAGUAACUACCAACCUAAAACAAUCACUUGUAGUACCAGAUAAUACUAAUAUAACUUAUUAUACUGCUCCAAAAGAUGCUCCAUUGGAAAUUACAAAUAAUAUUACUGCUAAAAAAUCAGAAGAAAUUGUAAUUAAAGAUUUAAUAGAUUCACAACUAUUAACUAAAUUUGAUGGAUUUAUAAUUGGUUGUUAUUCUGAUCAUCCUUUAAUUAAAUCAGUUGGUGAAAUUAGUCAUAAACCAUGUAUGGGUAUUUUUCAAGCUACAAUUUUAUAUUCACUCCUGAAUCCACUGAUUAAUAAACUGAUUAUACUAACUAGUUCAAGUGAGUGGGAAAAUACAUUAAAUGAGAGUAUAAUUGAUUUUUUAGGUGUUGAUCAAUUUCCAAGUAGGAAAUUUGUUAAAACUAGAGGAUUAAAUGUCAAAGUUAAUAAUCUUGCUGAUGACGAUCAAUACAAGAAUAUUAAAAUUGUAGUUGAUGAUAUUUUAACAGAUAAGGAUAUUAAUUGUGUUUUGUUGGGUUGUGCUGGUAUGGCUGGUUUAGAUUUAAAAUUAAAAAUUGAUUAUCCUAAUACUUUAUUUAUUGAUAGUUGUAAAAUUGCAGUGGAAUUAUUAUCGGGUUUAAUUAGAUUUGGUGAGUAUGCUUAA